UCGGGAGAGCGGCCUCACAGAUGCGAGUUUCCAGGUUGCGGCAAGAGCUUCUCCGACUCUUCGUCGCUUGCGCGGCAUCGACGCACUCAUUCAGGCCGGCGACCGUACGUGUGCCAGCAUCCGAAAUGUGGAAAGCAGUUUACACGCCGAACAACGCUCAACCGCCAUGCGAGAUGUCACCAGCCAGGCUACGUCAAGCCUCAAAGCAAAUCGUGAGUUCGAAUCAUGCUUCGAGGCAGCGUGGGUCCGCGUCUGCUAACCACAAUCCCUCCAUCCGUUCGUAGUGGAAAGAAGCGAGAGGACGGUGCGAGCGAGUCUGAUGAGGAGUCGGACGGCUCUGACGCCGAAGAUGGAGAGGGCGACUCUUCGAAGCAAUGGACGGACGAGGAAGCCGGAGCAGACCAAUCGACCUCGAAGAUCCAACUUAAGCAAGACCCCGCAGCUGCAGCUGCUCCCCCUACUGCAGCGGAGGAGCAAUCUGCCGCUGUAUCUGCUGCAAAGCCGAAGCGCAAGUCUACGAAACGAGCGGCUCCCUCAGCGAAAGUCCAGAGCAAGGCGCGGAAGAGUAAUCAGGAGGAGGAGGACACGGCUACGAGAAAUCGAAGCCGAUCGGAUGCUGAGGCUGCCAUGACGCUUGCAUCUGCCGCUCUCUUUGCUCAACAGCAACCGCCGAAUGCAGGUUUCGGCGACGGCAUGGCGACCCCAAUGUCCUCGUCAGCUUUUGGCCAUGGCCGCACCCAAAGUCAGUCGGAGAUGGAGUCACCGGCCAAGGUCUUGGCUGGUAUGGCGGUAGGUGGCCAUUUUGGCAACUCGCCUUUCAUGAACCCUGGUCAUUACGGGGAUGCGAGCAUGACGCUAGCACCUGAGCAAGCUGCCGCUAUGAGCCUAUCUGGUCUGGCCGGUUUGUCUUCCGCCAAUCAUAUGGUGCCACCGCUUCCAGGAGGCCUUGGGGGUCUGAGCGAAGCUGCUGCGCUGGCUUCCGCAGCGGUCGCAGCUAGCAAUCCUGGUGCAACCUCUGGCAACCCUUCGAUAGAUUACAGCCUUGGCACGUCUGCCCCGGGGCACGUGAUGAAUGGCGCAUCCCCUUCGCUUGUAGGGCAUCACCCGCACUCUUUCUCUGCGCCAGCCAACGGGACGACGUCGAUGGCGAAUGUCUCCGCAUUGACGUCACCAUCCGCUUCUGCGGCUGAAAGUCUGGCCGCCAUGAGCGGCAUCACUUACGACCAGGCGCACAUGCUUCUGAUCUCGGCCGCCUCCUCUGCAGGUGCUAUGGCCGCGCCGGCACCCACACCGGCGCAAGAUCCCUUGUCCUUGGCGGUCGCUGCUGCUGCUGCUGCCGUGGCUGCGCACGAGGAUGCACAGCCACAAAGCAAACGAGCACGCACGGCCAGCUCUUCGAGUGGCGGACGGUGAACCUGACUGGGUUGUACUGUGAGCACAGGCAUG